GAGUAAAUAUGUGUACAAACAAAAAGAUGGCUUUAAAGAGAUUGCUGAUGUAGCAGAGGCAAAUCCUUUUUAUACUGACAUUUUAUAGGUUUAAGUAAUCGAAGAGCUGAAACAUAUGGGGAAGGCUCAAGAUGCGUUGAACACAAUACUUCAUGGGUAGCUAGAAUGAGUUCUAGCAGUGUAACACUUCCUUUCCCUCAAGCUGGCUGCUAUCAGUAUCAAUGCUCUAAUGGUGCCGUUACAAUAUUCAUUCUUGGUCAAUCAUAUCAUUGCAGUCAAGCUGGAGAAGUGUUAACAGUUAAUCAAGUCAACAACAGUGUAACAUACACAGGAACAAUUAUAUGUCCUUCAUGUCUUGAGAUAUGUUAUGACGACUUUGAGAAUUGCCCUGAAGCAGCUGCACUUUAUCAAGUGGGUACUUCUACUACAUCAUCAUCAGCCACAUCUAGCAGUUCUUCUACUAGCACUGGAGUCUCUAGCAUGACUUCAUCUAGUGCUUCAACUACCAGUAGCACCUCUUCUUCUGCAAACACUAUUAAUGCUACGCCUGGCCCCAGUGCUACAAAUUCUGUGUCUUCUCAAAGUUCCCAAUCAAACAAUGCUACUCCUAGUAGUACAACAAACAUUGUCAAUGCUACUCCUAGUAGUACAACAAACAUUGUCAAUGCUACUCCUAGUAGUACUACAACAAACAUUGUCAAUGCUACUCCUAGUAGUACUACAACAAACAUUGUCAAUGCUACUCCUAGUAGUACUACAACAAACAUUGUCAAUGCUACUCCUAGUAGUACUACAACAAACAUUGUCAAUGCUACUCCUAGUAGUACAACAAACAUUGUCAAUGCUACUCCUAGUAGUACUACAACAAACAUUGUCAAUGCUACUCCUAGUAGUACUACAACAAACAUUGUCAAUGCUACUCCUAGUAGUACUACAACAAACAUUGUCAAUCCAACUCCUAGUAGUACUACAACAAACAUUGUCAAUCCAACUCCUAGUAGUACUACAACAAACAUUGUCAAUGCAACUCCUAGUAGUACAACAAACAUUGUCAAUGCUACUCCUAGUAGUACUACAACAAACAUUGUCAAUCCAACUCCUAGUAGUACAACAAACAUUGUCAAUGCUACUCCUAGUAAUACAACAAACAUUGUCAAUGCUACUCCUAGUAGUACAACAAACAUUGUCAAUGCAACUCCUAGUAGUACAACAAACAUUGUCAAUGCUACUCCAAGCAGUAGAGCAAGUGUGUCCUCUAGCAGCAGUAGUAGUUCCAGUUCUUCCAGCAGCAGUUCUUCUAUCAGUACAACUGCUCCUAGUACUUCUCCUACUAGCAGUGGAUAUUGCCUCAUUCCAUUCCUCAGUCUCAUACUGUUUGGAAUUUUAACUGCUACUUUGAUGAAUAUUGCCAAUUGACGUUAAUUUUUAUUGUUAAUUUGUGUUUAGUUUUUUUUAGCUCAGUGAUAUGUAUUUUUAUGAUUUUAAAAGAUAAUUUAUCUAGUUUAACCAGU